AAAAGUGAACAAAAAGUUGAUUAAUUUAGUUUCAUUUUUGAACUAAAGUAGUACUUACAGAAUCACGAAUCACGAAUCUCAGUAUUUCAAAAACUUGUCGUGAGUUAAGAAGCUUCCAUUUCAUAUCAAUGUCGUUUUCGAAGGCUAGGCGUCUAUACUCUCAAUUCCAUGACAAUCUCGUUUCCUCAUUCAAUUUCAUGCUCAAUCAGAAUCCUACUCCAUCCAUCAUCGAAUUUUCCAAGAUUUUAGGUUCCCUUGUCAAAGCCAAUCAUUACUCCACUGUUGUUUCACUUCAUCGAAUGUUGGAAUUCAACACCGGAAUUAAGUCUAAUUUAGUCACUUUAAACAUCUUGAUUAAUUGCUUUUGUCAAUUAGGUUAUAACUCUCUUUCAUUUUCUGUAUUUGCAAACAUUCUCAAGAAGGGUUAUCAGCCAAGUGUUGUAACUUUGACUACACUCAUGAAGGGUCACUGUCUCAAAGGAGAGCUCCAUGAAGCAUUGUGCUUUCAUGACAAGGUGGUAGCACAGGGAUUUCAUUUGGACCAAGUUUGUUAUGGGAUAUUGAUUAAUGGGUUAUGCAAGGCUGGACAAACAAGAGCCGCCUUGCAAUUACUAAGACGAGUUGAUGGGAAGUUGGUUCGGCCUGACGCGGUAAUGUACACUACAAUCAUUGAUGGUAUGUGUAAAGAUAAACUCGUUAAGGAGGCUUUUGAUUUAUAUUUUGAAAUGCUUGCUAAGAGGAUUUAUCCUACUGUUGUCACUUAUAAUACUUUAAUUUGCGGCUUAUGCGUUAUGGGUCAAUUGAAAGAUGCAAUUGGUUUGUUCAAUAAGAUUAUAUUGGAAAACAUGGACCCUGAUGUGUAUACCUUUAAUAUUUUGGUUGAUGCGUUUUGUAAGGAAGGAAAGUUGAAAGAAGGUAAGGAAGUGUUAGCUGCGAUGAUGAAAAAGGGCGUCAAGCAUGAUGUUUUUACUUUUAACUCUUUAAUGGAUGGAUAUUGUUUGGUAAAUGAUGUAUGGAAGGCCAAUGAUAUAUUCAACAGUUUGGCCCAAAUGGGUGUGAAUUCUAAUGUUUACAGCUACACUGUCAUGAUUAAUGGAUUCUGUAAGAUUAAAAUGGUUGACGAAGCCAUGAAUCUCUUUCAAGAAAUGCAUCACAAAAAUAUUAUUCCUAAUACAAUAACCUACAAUUCUCUUAUUGAUGGUUUGUGCAAGAUUGGGAGAAUAUCAUAUGCUUUAGAGCUUGUCAAUGAGAUGCAGGAUAGAUGUCAACCACCUAGUAUAGUUACGUACAAUUCUAUAUUGGAUGCUUUAUGCAAAAAUAAUCAUCUUGACAAGGCAAUUGCGUUUUUAACAAAAAUUAAAGAGAAGGGUAUUCAACUAGAUAUGGUCUCAUAUAAUAUUCUUAUUAAUGGACUAUGCAAAGGUGGAAGACUAGAGGAUGCACAAAAAGUUUUUGAAGAUCUUUUGGUCAAAGGAUACACUCUAGACGUCUAUACUUAUAACACUAUGAUAAAUGGAUUUUGCAACAAGGGCUUGUUUGAUGAAGCAUUGACCACACUGGCAAAAAUGAAAAACAAGGGUUGUAUUCCAGAUCCUAUAACUUACGAAAUACUUAUUGUUUCUCUCUUUGAAGAAAAUGAAAAUGACAAAGCAGAGAAACUUCUUAGAGAAAUGAUUACGAGAGGUCUACUGUAAUGCCGAAUAUAUCUUCUUGAUGCGUAUGUUCAAGUUCAUUAAGAUGGCAAAAAACGUUUCUCUAUCAUCUGCUUCCUCAUUGCUGCUAACCUGCCACAUCAUGAAUGAAUUCAAAGAAUGAGAGAUUUCAAUUUUAAAAACUUACUGGUAAUGUCACCUUACUUUACAUUAGAUUUGACAUCCUUUACUAAUCUUAAUUUUCUUAGUUCUCACAUCCGGUAUACUUAAAGAUGCUGAAAGAAAAAAAAUAACAAACAAUUCGAGGUUGUCACAGAUCUUAGCAAAGUUUCUCAUCAAUACCUUUGAUACAUACCUUAUCAUCAGCCACUAUCUUUUUCACAAGGGAACUUGAUGUUCUAGUUUUUUGUGGUUUAAUUCAUGGGUUUUCAAUGCAAGAAAUAUUUCAGGCUAAUUCAUGGGUUUUCAUUGCAAUUUCAUGAUUCAAUAUGUACUUAAGUUGUAAAUACUAUUUAGAAGUACACUAGUGGCACUAGAGCGCAAGGAAGCAUGCAAAAUCUGUUUUGCUGCAUAAUUUCUUGAUCAAUGAUAAUAAUUGAAAUUAUUAAGAGGUAGUUUAGUUGAAGAAUGGUUUGAAAAACAUUGCACACAACAUACACAAGCUUGAAACUCCAAAACCUUUGUAAACAACAUACACAAGCUUGGAGUUUAUUUGAAGCACGCUAAAAAUGACUUAGUGUGUUUGUAUGGCUAAAUUAAAAUGCUGCAUAAUGUGUAACAAAGGUCCCAGUACAGCUUCAUAAUCUACUUAUUACACAUCGGAGUGAAAUAUUGACUAUUGGAAUAUGGUUUAGAAUUUAGAACUUGCAU